AUAAAAGCCAGUAAUAUAGACAAAAAACUCUUUUACAAUAGCGUGCAUACUAUUGUUCAUACAUAGGGGUUUUUACACACGACAAUAUAUAAAAAGUCAUAAUUUUUAUUGUGUUAUGUUUUUAUUGUGUUAGUCAGCUGUUUUAGUUAUUAUUAUUUAAUCGAAACAACCCAACUGCAGUUUGAUUGAUAUCACUUAGAAUGCAGAAUAAGAAAACAUGAUUUUUGCAUAUAUAAAAUACAUAUUAUAUAAAAAAAAAAUUAAUAGGUUUCAAAGCCUUUUUAUUACCCCUCUUCUUUCUGCAGCAUGCACAGCACAUCCUGACCUUGUAGCGAAGCUUUAACCGCAGAAACAUUGUGGUUAUACAAAUUGCACUGGCUUAAUUGCUCUACAUCACUGUAAUUUAAGUUCCCCGAAACUUUUUCACUCGCGUGUUUCGUUUGCUCUGAGCAGAGGUGACUUUUCAUUCCCUGCAAGCAGUGCUGCAGUCGUAUCUGACCAUUAAUUGCUCGCAAUCAUCAGGAUACUCCUGAGCCGAUCAUCAGAGCUUCGGAUGCCAGUGACGCAUCAGUCACAUGACGCUGCCGCUGGUGACGUGCAGCGUGAGUUUCUUUCCCCGUCUGUGUUUAACACACACUCACACACACUCGACUGGACAUAAACAAGAGUGAAGGGCCUUUGUGUUACCCUCAUCACUGUAUCCUCCAGCCCAGGCUGACUCGAGUUGUAUUUCUUGUGUGUAUGGCAGCUGAAGCAGCGCGUCUCCGACGGGAUUUGGCUCGUGCGCGCGGAUGCUCUGAUGCCUGAAACCAUUAAGCGCAUGAUGAUAAUGUCCAUCAACAAGUUCUCAGUGGAUAUUCUAUAAGAGUGGAUAACCGUAAUUAUUAAUCAGGAUUCUCCCUGGAGACUAAGUAGAACCAUGGCAAGCAAGAGGAAGUCGACCGUUCCAUGCAUGAUUCCUAUAAAAGCCAUGCAUCUGCAGGAUGACUUUGAACGGGACAGACUGUCCCCUCCAUCCAAGGACAUUGCCUUUUCCGUUACUGAGGAAGCCAGUGGAAAAAGCAGUCAAAGUUUGGAUGAGUCCUCUGGGCAAGAAGCAGGUGAUACCAAUAAAGAUGGUGGGAUUUAUACUUGCAGGCCUUGUAACUUUGAGACCCAGGACCUAAAUCUAUUCCUUGAUCAUGUCUACAGCGGGCACCCAGAUUUCCGCAUUGACCCUUGUUUUCUUUGUGUGGAUUGCGGAAUAAGUGCUGCAAAAUUUGAGGGGUUAGCACUGCACAAUGCUCGUGUCCAUCCCAGUACAAUAAACACCACCCUUCAGCUCAAAAGGAAGGACAACAGAAUCAUAGUAGAGCAGAGUCUUUGCCUAGAACCUUGUGAAAGCGCUAGCUCUAAAGAAACAGAGAUAUCCAUCACCAAGACGCCAAUCAUGAAAAUGCUGAAGGGCAAAUCAGAACCCAAAAGGAUUGUUGUUUCUCACCCUGUUACUGAAGACCCUCCCCCGUCUAUUACCAAAGUGGUGGAGAAAAAUGACUCUCCUGCAGUUACUGUCACUCAUGUGCCCACUAUUGUACACAAUGGAGCAGCCAGCAAAGUUGCCCUGCCAUCAGCCAUACAGAUUGUUAAUGGCUCUGGGGCGUUGCCCAUGCUGAAGACAGCUGUUACACAAGUCGUAUCUGUUGUGCAGAACAGAAGUCUCAAUCAACAAUCUGCUCCAGUCUCCUCAUCCCACUCCUCUUCGGCCUCCUCCUCAUCAAGUUCUAAGAAUCUUCCAAAAGUAAUGAUCCCUCUCAGCAGCAUUCCUACCUACAAUGCAUCCAUGGACAAUAGCAGUUUCUUAAAGACGUCCUUUAGCAAGUUCCCAUAUCCAACCAAGGCUGAGCUUUGCUAUCUUACUGUAGUCACCAAGUACCCUGAGGAGCAGAUCAAGAUCUGGUUCACAGCACAGAGGCUGAAACAAGGAAUCAGCUGGUCUCCAGAGGAAAUAGAAGAUGCCCGCAGAAAAAUGUUCAAUACAAUCAUACAGGCGGCACCUUCAAACGGCCAACAGCAACGUCAGACUCACCACACCACUGCUCAGCCAACUAUCACAGUUCUGGGCACAACUGGCAUCCCUCACAUCUUGCAAGGUAGCCUGGUUAGCCAAGGAGGGGUGAUUGUCACCCAGCCAAUGAUGGCUAAUGGAAUUCAGGUCAGCAGCGCCCCUGUUGCAUUAGCCGUAACACCGAAACCUCAGGCUGCUGCAAAGCCGAUGAUGCAGGCCAGACCCGCUGCAGCCCUGGUAGCUGAUAAAGGAAUCAGCAUGGUUUUAGGCACUGUUGGAAGCAGCAGUAGUGGAAAUUGCAGUAGUAGCAGCAGCAGCAAUGCUAGUACUAGCAGCAGUUCAAGCAGUAUUAGUAGUACUAGCAGCUUGUGUAGCCAAGCUAGUGUAAUCAGUAUUGGUAGCAGUAGCACUGCUAAGACAAAUAGCAACAGCAAUAUUAAGGUCAAUACCCCAGGUACUAAUGCCACUUGCAUUAAAAGCAACAGUAAUAUUGUGAAAAGUGAGGGUAAAGGCAAUUCUGAGGCUAGAAGCAACGUUACCAUCAGGAACAUCGAUUCACCUGCCAGUACCACUCCGACCACGACCUCUGCAUCUACAACUACAACAGAUAGCGCAGUACCAAGUAAAUCAGACUCUCCUAUCUCUAUGAACUCUCGUAUAUUCUCCAGCACUAACUUCCUGGACCCCAGCUUUAACAAAACCAAAAAGUCCCAGGAACAGCUGGCAGCCUUAAAGGAGAGCUUCCUCGUUAGCCAGUUUCCUAAUCAAGAGGAAGUAGACCGGCUUAUAAGCCUAACUGGUCUGUCUGUACGUGAAGUACGGAAAUGGUUCAGUGACCGCCGAUACCACUUCCGGAAUCUGAAGGGUUCAAAGUCUAGUGGAGGUCAGACUGUUACAGCUGGUGGUAGCAUUUCUCAACUUGAUACUCUCGCUGCUGUAGACCUCUCCGAAAACAGUACACCCCCAGAGAGGCCCAAAACCCCCCAGCAGUCGCCUCUCAGCCCCUCACACACAUCAUCCCCACCAACUCCAACAAGGCGGCCUCCACGACCCCCAUCGCCAGAUUUCACGGCUAUACGGUACAAAGAGCGAGAGCCCCACCAGGUUCGCGCUUUGGAGGCCAGCUUUGCAGAGGACCCAGAUCCACCUAGUGAAGAAGUCGACCGGUUAAGAACAGAAACAAAGAUGACCCGCCGUGAGAUCCACGGUUGGUUUGCCGAGCGACGAAAGAGGGUUGCAGCAGAGAAGAAGAAAGAAGAAGCCGAGAGGGCGGAGAGGGAAGAUGAUGAUGUGGUGGGAGAGGCAGAGGAACAUGGAAUAACAAAGGAAACAAGCAACAAUGAGGAGAGUCAUGAAGGUGAAGAUUCCUCCAAGGAAACACAAGGCAAAGAGGAGAAACAGAAGGAUGAGUCUGGUACUGAGCCAAAAGUCAACCCUAUCAAAAUCAAUCUCAAAAUGCUUAAAGUUACUGAAUCCAAUGGAAAAGGUGAGCCAGAAGGCAGUCAACUCAAUGAGGCUACCAAGGUGCCACAGUCUGUCUCUCAGACAAGUGUUCCUCAGACCUCCCCAUACCGAGGUAAGAAGACACCUGAACAGCUCCACCUGCUGAAGCAAGUAUUUGCACGCACCCACUGGCCCAGCAGUCCCCAGUACAAUGAGCUGAUAGCUAAAACGGGCUUACCACGACCAGAGGUCGUACGUUGGUUUGGAGAUUGCCGCUAUGUCCUGAAGAAUGGUCAGCUCAAGUGGCUCGAGAGUUACCAGACCAUGGUAGAUGAGGAGGACUUCCAGAAAGCUAGCAUCAGCAUUCUAAAGGAGCAUCUAGAUAAACAUGGCAAACUAGAUGAGACUAAGUUGGAAGAGAUUGUCAAAUCAAGUGGGUUAGGUGAGGAAUCAAUCCGGCGGUGGUUCGCAAAUAAGACACCACUUUUAUCGGAGGAAAAGAACUCUGAGAGCACAGGAAGUGUGAUGACUGGAUCAUCAUCUGCAACCCCAACUGAAGCUGCACAGCAUCCAGACCAGGAAGAUGUAAACAUGGAGCAGUCAGGAAGCAGCCUAAUCUCUAAGGAGCAAACCACAAAGUCAAUAGUUGACAUAUCAACAAAUACUAAACAAGAGUCUGACUGAAGAGGAGGAUGGAUGCAUGAAUGUGAAGUGAUAUCAGCCCAUGGGAUUACAGCACAUGUGGCCUUUAAUUGAAGGCUUUUUUUUUUAAAGAAAAGAAAGACAGAUUUAACUUUAACAGGAGCACUGGAGGGCACCGCUGCAAAAAAAAAAAAAAAAAAAAAAAAAAAAAAAAAACUCUCUCUCAAUGAACUUUUCAUUUUCAACAAGAGUUACUAGCUGUCCCACUGUUCAAGACAUGGUGUGGAUUAUCGAAGGUCAAGAUGUACCCCUUCACCAGCCAGCUGCUUUUUCUAUUUGGACAGGAUAGAGGGGAAAACAGACAUUGUCUUUGUGAAGUAAUAGACCCCAGUUGAAGUCCACGGAGAAGUUUUUCUGGGAUGUGUAUUUCCUAACUUUUUCUUUUUGGGACGAAUAACCAUUUGUAGGGGACUUACGGUGGUACGAAGCGCAAACUGCACAGCUCUCAUUGAGCCCUUUUGUAAUUAAGAUAUGACUGACAUAAUUGCACCUCAGAGAGGUUGAGUUGUAUGCUGUAGGUGAGCAUCAAUACCACAGCACGUUUUUUUUUUCUGAAAUGUCAUCGAAAGUAAAAGAAACCCUUAAAAUCAUGACUGUUUGUGUCAAAACAGAUUCACCAGUGUGAACGCUUAGGCUUGUAUGAUUUUUACAAAUAUUAUUUGCAGAAUAAAUUUAAUAUUAAAAAUGG